AUGCCCGUGCGCAUACGCCUCGCGCGCGUCGGCGCGAGGAACGCGCCGCGCUACCGCGUCUUCGUCGCGGACUCGCGCGCGCCCAGAGACGGGAAACACAUCGAAAUCGUCGGACACUACGACCCGAUCGCGCAGAGGGAUGGACACAAGCACGUCGGGUUGAACAUUGAACGCAUCAAGUAUUGGUUGUCCGUCGGCGCGCAGCCGAGCGAGACGGUGGCGAGGUUGUUAGGGCAAGCGGGCGUGAUUCCAGCGCUGCCGAGGCGAGGCAGCGCGGCGUCGAGAGGGUUCGCGGCGAGCGGAGGGUGA